CUCGACAAAGCUCUGCCCGUCUGCGUUUUUCGCCUCGCCUUCGAAAUUCUGGGUUCAACUCUGGAGACUCUGGUUCAACUUCGUGCUCCAGCAGCAAUAGACACAUAACACACCCUGCAGUUUACCCGCAAUGCCUGCUGAACAGCCAAAACUGGGCUCUGUCCCACCAUCACGAUCCGCACGCUCUCGUUGCUGGCAGGCCCGAGACGCAUAUUUCGCCUGCUUGGACGCGCACAAUCUGUACCUGCAUGGCCUGGCACCUCAGACACACGAAGAGAUAAUAGCACUAGAUCCGCAGCGACUCACUAUUGCCAGCGAAAAGGAUCGGAAACUGUCAAAGGAAGCAAAGCAAAAACUCUUUGCUUGCAAGGCUGCCAAGGCCGAGUUUGACAAGGAGUGUUUAGCAAGUUGGGUUCAGCACUUCAGUCUGUUGCGCGUAAAAGACCUUCAGACGCAGUAUCUCAAGAAGAAAGUAGAAGACGAGGAAAAGCGGCAAUCAACGUCAAAUGACGAAUUUUGGGAAAAGGUGUCCGCGAAGCCAAAGGCAAAGUAAUAUAUUGAUUUGCAGAUUAGAAUCCACUCCAUAUUGGGUGUAUAGGAUAUGUACAUAGACUUUUGCAAAAUAGAGGAAGGUGAUAUCAAUCUUCAUGUGGGUGCGAGAUCGAGUUGUUGCUCUCGGCACUUCUGCAACAACUUCGAGCCCGCAACUCCCAACUGUCCCUGAGUGCCAAGUUCUUCCUA